UAGGGCAGGUGUUCCUCCUCUUCUUUCUUUGGUUCAGCUGAUGCUUGAUGGAGUUGUGGGAGCUCUCUGGACUGUAGCUGCUGGUAUUGCAAUCCUUGCAGAGUGAGGAUCUUCUCUCAGCACCCAGCCCCUCUCGGUCGCGAACGGCCGUUGAUACUAUUAAGGGGUUUAUUUUGAACAUAUGUUACAAAUAUGGCUGUCUCUCUUAUUAUAAAAUGGGGUGGGCAGGAAUUUUUGAUAACCACCUUGUCAGAAGAGGACACAGUGCUGGAUCUCAAGCAGUCUCUCAAAGGACUUACUGGAGUGCUUCCAGAGCGCCAAAAGCUGCUUGGACUUAAAGUAAAAGGCAAACCAGCGGACAAUGAUGUUAAGCUUGGAUCACUAAAAUUGAAACCAAAUACUAAAAUCAUGAUGAUGGGGACACGUGAGGAAAGCUUGGAGGAUGUCCUUGGGCCACCCCCUGAUAAUGAAGAUGUAGUCAACGACUUUGAUAUUGAAGAGGAAGUUGUUGAAGUAGAGAACAGGGAAGAGAAUCUGCUUAAAAUCUCCCGCAGAGUUAAGGAGUACAAAGUAGAGAUAUUGAACCCUCCACGGGAAGGAAAGAAAUUGUUGGUCCUAGAUGUUGAUUAUACCCUGUUCGACCAUAGAUCAUGUGCAGAGACUGGGAUUGAGCUGAUGAGGCCAUACCUGCAUGAGUUCCUGACAUCGGCAUAUGAAGACUACGAUAUUGUAAUUUGGUCUGCUACCAAUAUGAAGUGGAUUGAAGCUAAAAUGAAAGAGUUGGGAGUAAGCACCAAUGCAAACUACAAGAUAACAUUCAUGCUGGAUAGUGCUGCCAUGAUUACUGUGCACACUCCAAGACGAGGAUUAAUUGAUGUGAAACCCCUAGGUGUCAUAUGGGGCAAAUUUUCAGAGUUUUACAGCAAGAAAAAUACUAUUAUGUUUGAUGACAUUGGACGAAAUUUUCUGAUGAACCCACAAAAUGGACUAAAGAUUAAACCCUUCAUGAAAGCACAUUUAAACAGAGAUAAAGAUAAAGAGCUUCUAAAACUUACCCAGUAUCUCAAGGAAAUAGCAAAAUUAGAUGACUUUUUGGAAUUAAACCACAAACACUGGGAAAGGUACCUUUCAAAGAAACAAGGACAGUAGCUUUAUUUUGUGACAUUGAAGCCAAGCGGAACAUAGAGACCCUUUGACCUUUCCUCUUAUGUAAGCUAGAAUAAAGUAGUGCUGGACACUGACUUAACCCCCAGAAUGACUGCUUGUAUCUGGUCUUUCCAUUGGUUUGCCCUAGGUUUGUCUGUCUCGUCUGAAGAUCGCCGCUAACGAUGGAAAGUAAAAUCAUUUGCUUUUUUCUUGCAUUUAUCUCUGGGGUUAUCAUAAAAAAAGUCACUUGUACUGCUACUAUAGUAUCCCCAAAACUUUAAAUACCAUACUGUUUUGAAUGGUGGGGAACCCGCCCCCAUGUUCAGACCAAAAAAAAUCCCCCAAUCCUGAAGUUUACUAUGGAGCCAGGUUUUUUGCAUUCUCAGUUCUAGAAACAUUUCCCUUUCCUGUUUAUAAUAUUUAAGUCUAUAAACUAUAAACUGUCAAAUUAUGUAUUCGUAUGUCAAGUGUUCCUUUUGUACAAGACAGUUUUAAAGAUGGAAAGCACCACUAGAGGGCCUAGAUGCCUUCAUGUGUGGAUUGUAAUACACUGUUGUGACUAGGGAGGAGUUUGAUUGAAAAGCUUUCCUUUUUUUAUAUAUAUAUAAAAAACUUAACUAGAGGAAAGGUUUAAACCUGAAAAGAGCUAACGCCCAAUUCCUUAAAGCAUGAACAUUAGUUGUUCUGUUCUAGUUAAAUCGUGCCAGGAUACAAGCUCUUUUACUGGCAGUAUUCAGCCACAGCUGUUCUAAAGUAUCACUUAACUUGUGCUGCUUCAGCCUGCACUGUGGAAGUGUGAUGUGCCCACUGUCUCGCAUUGCUGACAGUCUCAUAUCAUGCCAUUCUGGUAUUUGAAAGCAGACUGUCCCUUUCAAAUAAAGAUAGCAUAUGUUGUUCUUAAGGAACUAUAGCAGGUAUGCUAAUAAUAAUAAUUAAUAAUAAUAAAUGCCUUUUCUUAAAA